AGCUAUCACAUUCCGAGCAUGCGAUUAUCGAUAGCCAAUUUUCAAAUGUAAUAUCGCAAGGUUACCAAUGAAAUAUUGUCUGCUGUUAAUUUUGACACUGCUCGUGUCUACGUGGGGACAUCCGCGGCUAAAGACGCAAUCGCAGCAUGAAUCAAAUAUUUUUCGGGAUUUACAAUUAAAGGACCAUAAAGUGAGAGAGACGCAGCGAGACUGUAAAGGGAAGUGUGCCUCGAGUAUAGCGCAGAAGGCGGCAGCUGAGGCAAAAGCCGCACAAGCUGCACAAAACGCUGCAGGGGCCCAAGCGGCUCAUAUGGUCAAAACACAACUAGCAGAAAAAGCAUUGCAAGCGGCUAAAGCUGCAGAAGCAGCCCUUGCUGGAAAGCAAGCUGUCGUAGAACAGCUGCAACAAGAAGUCAAGGAAGCUGAAGCUGUGGUGGCUGAGAACUCUGCAGCUGUACAUCAACAGCAGACCGCUGUUAAUGCUGGUGUGCAAGCAGCUCAACAGGCUACAGCACAGCACAAGUUAUUGAUGCAAGCGGUUCAACUAGCUGGACAACUAGAAAAGGCGGCGCAUAGCCUGCUUGAUAAAAUAAAAUGUGGUCUACAGGAAAAGUGUCACAAUCUCUCUGAAUCACGGGCUAGGUUAGCCCACCUGCAGCACAAACUACAGUGCGCAUGCACCGAAUGUGCGGCCACAAAGCAAGCCGCACAUGCGGCGUGCGAGGCCGCAAGAGCCGCGUGUGGUAAUGCUAGAAGAAAGAAACAUAUAAUUAAGCGAAACGCUAUCGUACACAAAGUGCCUAAACCUGGACGAUGA